AAUGGACGUCCAACAACAAGUUGAGCGUUAUCAAAGAAAUGAUCGUUUGGUGGUUGAUUUAUAUCACAAACUUAAAGUUGAUGAUCCCUAUAGAACUAAAGGCUCUACAGCAUUUUCUGGCCUAGCAGAAAGAGAUUAUUCUCAACACGAGCAUUUAGGUGUACCUUUCUUCUACCAAAGUUGGCAUCAUUCUUUCCCUCAGGAAUUACUUGAUCAAUUUAAACAUAUGCGUAGCAAUUUUUCAACGGGAUUAUUGCCUUCAAUUAUGCGGGCGUGGAUGUCUAUCGACUCUGAUUUAUAUUUAUGGAAUUUUGACAAUAAUCGAGAUCUUACAUAUUACGAUUUGAUAAACAACACAAUUCUACGUGUUGAUAUAGCUCCUCCAAGGCCUGGAUUUUCUGUACCUUCUCUUCAUUCAAUCCUUAUUGUUGCCACAACCGUCGAUAUUGUAUUGCUAGCAAUUAGAUUUGAGGACAAUUCCGGCAAUGUUUUACCUCCAAAUACUGAUGACUUGAGAAAUGCCUUAAUUUCGAUGGUUGGAAAUUCUCCUCUCUACAGGCUGCCACUUGAUGGACUUAUAGUUACCGAUAUUUGCCCUACUUCUGAUGGACGAAUUUUCUUUUCUGCGGAUGACUCUCUUUAUGAAUUGGAAUAUUUUGAAAAAGGCUGGUUUGGCAUCGGAGGGACUUGUAAGAAGACAAAUCAUUCAAAAAGGCUUAUAAACUAUUUGGUACCUGUGUUACAAAUUUUUUAUUCAAAAGAAUCAGUUUUUCAACUUGUUGUUGAUGACAGCAGACAUUUGCUUUAUUUACUCAUGAAAAGUGGUUGUAUUCAGGUUGGGGGUUUCUUUGGAAAAAUAUUUUUUCGAAUGUUUAUUACUUGGUAUUUUGUUCAUAUCCUGCCUUCCUUCCUAUUUGAGUUUCGGAUUAAUUUACCUUUCAAACUUUUCGGCCUCGGAAGGGUCAUUUUUUAA